CAAACGUAGGUGAAAGGUGUCGGUUUGUAGCAGUCUGAGGUUGUGUUGUGGUUUUAUUGCAGGAAAAAAGUCAAAUAUGAGUAGAAUUGGCCUUGUGUCCAAAUGUGUUCACAACGCACAGCGGCUCUUCGCUUGUGUUGUGAGUCAUUCUGAGAAACGGGUCCUGCAGCGGCGGAGCUUUAAGACCCAUUCACGGAACCUCGCUUAUUCCAAAGACCUGUUCGUCGGUCAAGUCAACAAGGAUGAGGUUUUUCCAUAUCCAGAAAUUACAAAUGAAGAAUUGGAGGAGAUCACUCAGCUUGUCAAACCGGUAGAGAAAUUCUUCAGUGAGGAAGUUGACUCGCAAAAGAUUGAUCAUGAAGCCAGAAUCCCCACAGAGACCCUGGAUGGCCUGAAAGAGCUUGGGCUCUUUGGAAUCCAGAUUCCUGAGGAGUAUGGUGGCCUUGGACUUUCCAACACCAUGUAUGCUCGACUGUCAGAGUGUAUUGCAAUGGACGCCUCUAUUACGGUGACUCUAGCAGCACAUCAAGCCAUUGGUCUGAAGGGCAUACUGAUUGCAGGAAAUGAAGCCCAGAAGCAGAAGUAUUUGCCCAAACUGGCCUCCGGAGAACACAUUGCUGCUUUCUGUCUCACAGAACCUGGAAGUGGAAGUGAUGCAGCCUCCAUUAAGACCCGUGCCACUUUGUCAGAAGAUGGAAAGCAUUAUCUUCUCACUGGCUCUAAGAUUUGGAUUUCAAACGGAGGAAUGGCAGAUAUUAUGACAGUGUUUGCCAGGACGGAUGUAGUUGAAGAUGGAGUGAAAAAAGACAAAAUUUCUGCUUUUAUUGUGGAGAGGGCUUUUGGAGGUGUCACCAGUGGCAAACCAGAGGACAAGCUGGGGAUCCGUGGCUCCAACACUUGCGAAGUGUCCUUUGACAGUGUCCCUGUGCCAGUGGAGAAUGUUAUAGGAGAAGUAGGAGGUGGAUUCAAGAUUGCCAUGAACAUUCUCAACUCGGGGAGGUUCAGUAUGGGCAGUGCAACAGCUUCAAUGAUCAAAAAACUGAUAGAAAUGACAUCAGACUAUGCUAGUACCAGGAAGCAGUUCAAUAAAAGAUUGAGUGAGUUUGGUAUGAUACAGGAGAAGUUUGCAUUGAUGGCACUAAAUGCCUACGCGAUGGAGAGUAUGGCAUAUUUGACUGCUGGAAUGAUGGACAGACCAGGACUUCCGGACUGCUCUGUAGAAGCUGCCAUAGUUAAGAUUUUCAGCUCGGAGGGAGGCUGGAUUUGUGUCAGUGAAGCUCUUCAGGUCUUCGGUGGUGUUGGCUAUACCAAGAAUUACCCACUUGAGCGCUACGUCAGAGACUGUCGCAUCCUGCCCAUAUUUGAGGGCACAAAUGAAAUCCUGAGAAUGUACAUUGCUUUAACAGGAAUGCAGCAUGCCGGCAAAAUUAUGACGGCAAAAAUAAAGGAGAUGAAGAAAGGGAAUCUAGGUCUUAUUAUGAGCUCGGCGGCCAAAAAACUGAGGACUUCUCUGGGAGGUAAAGUCAACCUUGGCCUCACUGGACAAGACGGGGUGGUGCAUCCCAGUUUGACAGAAAGUACAAUGAAUUUUGAACAGAAUGUCCACUUCUUUGGAAUGACUGUGGAGGGUCUUCUGUACAGAUAUGGAAAGACAAUCGUGGAUGAACAACUCGUCUUGAAGAAGGUUGCAGAUGUGCUGAUUAAUCUUUACGCUAUGACGGCAGUCAUCUCCAGGGCCAGUCGCUCCAUCUGUAUCGGCCUCAGGAAUCACAACCAUGAGGUGCUGCUCGCAAACACAUUUGCAGAUGCCUUCUUUAAGAACAAUUACUUGAUGAUGCAACUGCAAAAACACUCGCCUGAGAACAACGAUGCCAACAUCAAGAAGAUCGCCAGCAACGUCCUGGAGAAGAGAACCUACAUCUGCUCUCACCCUCUGGACAGAACAUUCUGAACCAUGUGACCA